AUGAGUCUGAAAUUGCUCCUGGAGGAAUUCAAACUCUGCAACGUUUCAGAUGAUCAAAAUGAAAAUUCGAGAAACAAAUCGCAGAAAUGGACAAGGAAUGAAAUUCUCACACUAGUGUCUGCAGCAUCGCUGAACCUUAGCUCUAUGAUUUGUUAUUCAAUUUUGACACCUUUCUUUCCAAAAGAGGCAGGAGAGAAAGGAGCCAGCGCUUCUAUUGUUGGAAUGAUUUUUGGAUGUUUUGCUUUAACCAAUCUUCUAUUUUCACUGGUAUUGGGAAAAUAUAUUGUGCAAAUUGGAGCCAGUUUCAUGUUUCUGACUGGGUUGUUUGUUUCUGGCUGCUGUACUAUCCUUUUUGGCUUAUUGGAUAAAGCUCCAGAUGGACCCAUAUUUAUCUCUUUGUGUUUCAUCACAAGAUCAGUGGAUGCAAUAGGGUUUUCCGGGAGCACUACUGCCUCGUUUUCAAUCCUUGCGGCAGUUUUUCCAAACAAUUUGGCCACAAUAAUGGGAUUUGUGGAAGUAUUCGCUGGGAUUGGCCUAAUGUUGGGUCCACCUAUUGGAGGCUUUUUGUACCAAUCUUUUGGAUAUCAAGUUCCGUUUAUUUCGCUAGGCUGUGUCAUUCUUUUAAUGAUACCUUUAAACAUGUGCAUUUUACCAACAUUUGAUGGAAUUGCCAGCAAAGAAUCAUUCUGGAAGCUACUUGCAAUUCCUCAAAUAUCUUUAGUGUGCCUGGUUGAAUGUUCUACAGCUUCUUGCAUUGGCUUUCUGGAUCCCAUCUUGUCGCUUUUUGUAACUAAGAAGUUCAACUUACAGCCCAGAUAUGUAGGACUAAUGUCUCUAGGAUUCGCUAUGUCAUAUGCUCUAGUCUCCCCAAUAGCUGGAUAUUUAAGUGAUAAGAUGCCAAGACUCAGGAUGUGGCUAAUGUUUGUUGGAAGUUGGCUUAUUGCUUUCAGCUUUCUCCUUUUGGGACCAGCACCUAUUUUUCAUAUCAAGUGCCGGCUUUGGAUGUUUGUUUUGAUGCUGAUACUCAGUGGGAUUUCAGUCGGCUUGUGUGAUAUUCUGGUUUUUCCAGAAAUCAUCUCCACUGUUUAUGAGAAUGGAUUUGAAGAGGGUCUUGGUACGUUAGGUCUAGCGUCUGGAAUUUUUCAUGCAAGUUCGUGUCUUGGAGCGUUUUUAGGACCAACACUGGGUGGAAAUCUAUAUGAAAAACUGGAUUUUGAGUGGGCUGCAGCCAUACAAGGAAGCUUUCUAUGUUUUGUUGGUAUGCUGAUGGGUUUGUACUUAAUAGUGGAAAUGGUGCAGAAAAGGAGACAUAUACCAUUGGCUUCAACCGCUCUCUGUGAUGGCGAGUUCCACAUUCUUAUCACUCUUUGGGUCACAUUCUGGGAAUAGCACAGAUGAAGAGAGAGCACCAUUAAUAACAAACUGAAUUUGGAAACUUCUGUAUGGACUACAGUUCUCUUGUUGACAGCUUUUGGACAUCUUAGUAUU